AUGGCGGAACUGAGGGACGGAUCAGUCCCCACAUGGGAUGGACAGGCUCGUGGCUGGAGGCGCUACACGAAAGAAGUGGCAUGGUUUGUCUCAUCAACACCUGUGCACAAGAGACGCUAUGUUGCUUCUCGCCUCAUCAGCCGGCUUCAAGGACCUGCACGCCUCUUGGCUAUGUCAUGGAACCGUGGCGAGUUCGAUGCCCCGGAUGGAACCUUGACCUUGCUCCGGAAGCUCGCAGGUUCGCCGCUCGUGCGGCGCACCCUACCAAACACGGCCGCGAUCCUUCAGCAGUACCUGAGCUUUAGGCGACGGCCCAACGAAAGCAUGGCCAACUUCCUCGUCCGCGAAACGUUAGGCUAUGAGGAAUUCUCUGAGGCCUUGACGCGGCUAUGGGAGGAAAAGAAUGGCAUCGACCAGAACGAGCUCGACUUCGGCCUCCCACCGGUUGAAGACCAAUGGGACUGGUGGUAUGAUGAUGAUGGCAACGAAGUUGACUCUCCUGAUGGUGGCAACUCUGGCGCAGCUCCUGCCGCUGAGCGUGCAAGCGCUGGCUCCUCACCGAGCCGUGGUGGACUGAGCGCUGGACCUCCUUCACUUCGUGCAGUGUCGGUGCAAGCACCUUCUGUGGCCAUCAACGAGCUCUCUCCGACGGACAGCUUCAUCAUGGGAGUUCUUCGUGGCUGGAGACUUCUCCAAGCCGCAUGCUUGAACGCUGAGGAGACUCGUGACAUCCUCAGCACGACUCAGAACAAGUUGGAGUUUGAGGCCAUCUCACAGGCUCUUCAGACCCUGUGGGACGAACAACUACUUGGCCAACGUCAUCAUCACUCUUCGUUUCCCGGCCGUGACCAUGGCUAUGUGAACUGGCAGUCUUGGGAGGAUGAUCCUCAUGACGCCUGGGAUGGUGAUGGCUGGUGGCCUGAUGGUGGUGAUCAACAAUGGCGUGAACAAUGGCCUGAGGAUGAUUGGGGCGAAUGGCAUGAAGAACCUCAUGGCGAAUCCACCCUUGCAGCAGUGGAGGAAGAGGAUGACCAGUUGAAGGAAGCACAACAAGCAGAACAAGCAGCAGAACAGUUGGCGAUGGAAGCAAAACGAACAUGGGUUGAAGCACAGCGCACGACGCAACAAAUGCGCAAAGACAGAGGUUUUGGUCAAGCUGGCCAAGGCCCAAAGUGUUUUCAGUGUGGUGGACCCCACUUUGUUCGAGAUUGCCCUGACCGACGGCAUCCACCCUACUCCAUCGGCAAGGGCAAGGGUAAGUCUUCCUACAUGGCCGACUACUCGGACCAGCAGCUCUUCUUCAUGAAGGGGAAGGGCAAAAAGGGAAAGGGGAAAUCAAAACACGCCUCCAUGGUUUCCCAUGAUAGUUUUUGGACCUCCAAGUCAAAGGGAAAACAACGUGGCAAGAUGCCACCUCUUUCUCGUCCAGCAGUGAAUGCAUCGGCAGCAUCCACAGGAAUGUUGGACUGCGGUGCAACAGCUUCUGCAGCUCCGGAUGUGGCCGUCCGUGGACUCAUCCAAUCGAUCCUUUCUCACGACAAGAACGCCCGCAUUGACGUGCAGCCAUACAUGCGGCCCUUUUUCAGGUUUGGGAAUGGAAGAUGGGGGCAGAAUGUCGUCCCCGUUUUGAUUGGCAUGGAUCAUAUUGGUGCACAUGGUUGUCAGAUGUUGGUUGAUUUUGCUAGUGGCUAUGUCAUUGACGGUGUCGACCCCAAUCCCGAGAUCUAUCAACUGAACACCAAUUCCAAGGGUCACUUUGUCUAUGACAUCAUCCACCACCUCACCAAGGGUCACACCAACACCAAGGGUACGGCAGUUGUGCACAUUUGUGAACAACAUGAACAACAAGAUCUUGCUUGUGGAGUUUUGCAAUUUCGCCCUCUUGAGUUUUACAAUGCACAUGUUUCAAUGGCAAGUCACGUGAACGAAGCCGAUCGUCGAUCUCUUCUUUGGAAGCUCUAUCAGCAUGCCAUGUCGCGAAGCCCAAUGGAGCAUCAGACGACUCAGGCCGAGCAGGAUAUGGUGGACUUCAUCAAGAACCUCAAACCGCCAGCGGCCAAGAAGCCCUCGCAACCUCCGGACACCUCUCGAGCGAUCCAGAUGGAUCCUCGCGAUCCGAGGGCUCAAAAUUGCUGGCCUUGCUACAAUCGACACGUCCAAGGAACGUGGCAGAGCAACAUGCACGGAACCUGGUCGCACUGCGAGAUUUGCAACUUGCGCUUGGCCUACAUCCCAAAGAAGGGCGCUCCAAGCAACUCGACUCAAGCACUCAACCACGUGAUGAUCAAGCGCAUGUUGACCGAGCUGGAACCGCUGAUGCAGGGCACUCGCCCAACAGCUCGAAUCUGCAAGGCAAUGAUGGACAAGAUCACCGCAGACACUCAGCUGGAGACCUUGGUGCAGCAGGCGAUCAGCACGCCUGUGAAGAAGACAGCGGUGAAAUCCAGAAGUGCUCCAAAUCAGCAUCCGUCAUCCCCUGUGAAACAGGAGCCCACAGGCUACCAGACACCUCCGGCAAUUCAGUCGCCGCCCGCUCCGUCCAGUUCAGCGAGCUGGGAACUUCUGCAAACGGAUGCCAACGACCUGCAGAAUCUCCUGACCGACCACGAGAAGGCUCAGCUCAUGAAGAUUCUUCGAGACCGCCGACAGGAACAGGAUGAACUGCCAGUUAUGCACAUGGUGAACCUCAUGACGGCUUCGCUGAUGACGGUGGCUCUUCAGAUUAAUCUGGAAGGACGCAUGGGCAUGUGGGAAAUUGCAUGCUCUGAGAACAGCUGGCUCACUUCGGCAGCCAAUGACCAUGGCAUCAACAGCCGGCGCAUCAACUACGCCCAGGGCUAUGACAUCUACCGUGAUGAAACCUGGGAACGACUCAAACAAGAGCGUCGACAAGAUCGACCUCGUAAGCUCUGGUUCUCGCUUCCUUGCACUCGCUGGUGCCAGUGGACUCAGGUGAACUACAACACCCCCGAGAAGAAGGAAGUUCUGGAAUCUAUGAGGCGUCGUGAACGCCGCAUGCUUCGGAAGGCCAAGGACUUCAUCUUGGACUCCCUCGAUGAUGACCCCAACAUCGACAUCUACUUUGAAUGGACCUUCCCGCGCAGUGGAUGGAGCCAAAAGCCCAUGGUUGAACUUGAAGCCGAACUACACCAUCGUGGCAUUCCCUGGGAGCAAUGCCGCAUGGAUGGGUGCAACUAUGGCAUGAUGGACAAGAAUGAAACUGGCUACCUCCACAAACGGUGGAUGAUCAAGACCACCGAUGAGCUCUUUUGGAAGAAUUUCCGGGCAAAGGUUUGCCCCAAGAAUCACAAGCACGUCCUCAUCCAAGGACUUGAGACUUCCAGAUCUGCAUACUAUCCCAAGCGGAUGGUCGAAUCCAUUGUGAGGCACUGGAAACGUCAACUUGUUUCCAAGAUCGUCUAUGGCAUGAUCCUGGCACUCAAAAUGCACUACCUGCUGAAGAAUCACAUGAUGAUCCUGAACCAACAGUCCCGGGAGAACAUGAACAAGAAGAACCUGAUCUACCAGAUCAACCCGAUCCUGAUCAAGCUCUUGUACCUCUUCGAAGAGCUGGCUUCAAGCAGCGUGUCCCUCCUUCUGGCAUGGUUCCGGCAGCAGUUCGCCGCCGACUACAAGAACUGGAAGACACGGGAGAAUAUGAACCUUCCAUACCAGAUGAACCGGCAACUGCCCAACUACAGUGAUGUCAAUUGGCUCGACAAUAUGGUCGUUGAGGAAGAUCAAAGUGGCUACGAUGCUGUGCAGGUGAAUGAGAGUCCUCUUUUGGGACUCAGCAACCUUCGAAGUGCCCUACAAGCCAUGCAAUUGCGUGAGAGCAUGAUGCGCGUCGGCACCUCCUUGAGAUGGCUUGCAAGCGAUUACGACUUGGCCGACAGCAUGACAAAGAAACGACCUGAUUGCAGGACAGGUCUCACAAAGUACCUGUCCAAGCGCUUGUGA